GCGCCAGCGCCUGUCGUGGUCCGCUGAAGUGCGUUUCAGAGUCUGAACCAUGAAGAUCAGAAGAGCUCACUGGGAGUAGUGCGGACGUUGUGCAAUAUGUAAAUAUGACACGUUAUUUGUGUGAAGUUAUAAUGCAGCUGCGCGCGGACCCUGCUGCUGCCGCUGACCUCCAUCAAGUGUUCAAGAUAAAGUCGCACAGACAGUGAUAACAGAGACCGGACUCAUACAGGACAAACCCGCAGAAGAAGAGUGUGCCUGCGAUACUGGAGGAGAGAUGGGGAACGCAGGGAGCAUGAACCAACACACUGACCCCAGAGGACACCACAUGCCCCUCAAACUGCCCCUGCCCGAGCCGGCCGAGCUGGAGGAGAGAUUUGCGCUCGUCCUGAACUCAAUGAACUUGCCUCCAGACAAAGCAAGAUUACUACGGCAGUAUGACAACGAGAAGAAAUGGGAACUCAUUUGUGACCAGGAGCGAUUCCAGGUGAAGAAUCCUCCUCACACAUACAUCCACAAGGUGCAGAGUUAUCUCGACCCAGCCGUGACCAGGAAGAAGUUCAGGAGGAGAGUGCAGGAGUCGACACAGGUCCUGCGGGAGCUGGAAAUCUCAUUACGGACCAAUCACAUUGGGUGGGUGCGGGAGUUUCUGAAUGAGGAGAAUAAGGGUUUGGAUGUGUUGGUGGAGUAUCUUUCGUUUGCACAGUAUGCUGUCACGUAUGACGGAGACAGCUCUGAGAACAGCACAGAAAACUCUGUGGAUAAAUCUAAACCCUGGAAUCGAUCGAUUGAAGAUCUCCAUGGAGCAAACAACCUCUCAUCAGCUGUCACAGGCAACAGCAUCUCCAGAGCCAGCAGACAUUCAACCAUAAGGUCUAACACGUUACCCAGCCGGAGGACACUGAAGAAUUCCAGAUUAGUAUGUAAGAAAGACGACGUUCAUGUGUGCAUCAUGUGCCUACGAGCCAUCAUGAACUACCAGUACGGCUUCAACAUGGUCAUGUCUCACCCUCAUGCUGUGAAUGAAAUUGCACUAAGUCUGAACAAUAAGAAUCCCAGGACUAAAGCUCUGGUGCUGGAGCUGCUGGCUGCUGUGUGUCUGGUUCGAGGAGGUCACGAGAUCAUCCUCUCCGCCUUUGAUCAUUUUAAAGAGGUGUGUUCAGAAGAUCAGCGGUUUGAGAAACUCAUGGAGCAUUUCAAGAACGAAGAUAAUAACAUCGACUUCAUGGUUGCAUGCAUGCAGUUCAUCAACAUUGUGGUUCAUUCAGUGGAAGAGAUGAAUUUCAGAGUGCACUUACAGUACGACUUCACCAAGCUGGCUCUGGACGAAUAUCUGGACAAACUGAAGCACACCGAGAGUGAUAAGCUGCAUGUGCAGAUUCAGGCGUACCUGGAUAAUGUGUUCGAUGUCGGGGCUCUGUUAGAGGACGCAGAGACCAAGAACGCAGCGCUGGAGAGAGUGGAGGAACUGGAGGAGAACAUGUCUCAUCUGAUAGAGAGGUUGCAGGACACAGAGAAUGAGGCAAUGGCAAAAAUCGUCGAGCUGGAGAAACAACUGAUGCAAAAAAAUAAAGAGCUGGAGUCGAUCCGGGAGGUGUGUAAAGACGCCAGCUCUCAGGUGCACACCCUGUGGCGGAUGGUGAAGGAGAAGGACGAGGCCAUUCAGAAACAGAGCAACCUGGAGAAAAAGAUCCACGAGCUGGAGAAACAGGGAACCAUCAAGAUCCAGAAAAAAGCGGACGGGGACAUUGCCAUCCUGACGUCCCCUCCUGAGGGGAGCGGGCCUCUGCCAGGGUCACAGGGCGUAGCUGGGGUGUCCAGUGAGGGUGCGGCACAUGGCCUGACCAUGCCUGAACCUCCGCCUCCUCCUAUGCCAGAGACAUUACCAAACGGUCCAUCUGCUCCUCCUCCUCCUCCUCCUCCUCCUCCUCCUCCUCUCCCUGCUGUGGAUAUAUCUGCCCCUAUGCCCCCUCCACCACCCCCCAUGGCUCCUCCACUUCCAGGCUGCGGAUCUCCCACCGUCAUCAUGAACUCAGGACUGGCAGCUGUGAAGAUCAAGAAGCCCAUCAAGACUAAGUUCCGCAUGCCGGUGUUUAACUGGGUGGCGCUGAAGCCCAAUCAGAUCAACGGCACUGUGUUCAACGAGAUCGAUGACGAAAGAAUACUGGAGGAUCUGAAUGUGGAUGAGUUUGAGGAGAUGUUUAAGACGAAAGCACAGGGGCCUGCCGUAGACAUCACCUCCAGCAAACAGAAGACCUCUCAGAAAGGACCAACUAAAGUCUCGCUGCUGGACUCCAACAGAGCCAAAAACCUGGCCAUCACGCUCAGAAAAGUGGGCAAGGCAUCAGAGGAGAUCUGCAGAGCCAUUCAAAUGCUUGACCUGCGGACGUUGCCGGUGGAUUUCGUGGAGUGUUUGAUGAGGUUCAUUCCAACGGAAGCGGAGCUGAAAGUUUUCCGGCAGUACGAGAAGGAGCGCAAACCUCUGGAGAACCUGACGGAUGAGGAUCGCUUCAUGGUCCACUUCAGCAAGAUCGAGCGUCUCAUGCAGAAGAUGACCAUCAUGGCGUUCGUGGGCAAUUUCACAGAAAGUGUUCAGAUGCUCACACCCCAACUUCACGCCGUUAUCGCAGCAUCUGUCUCCAUCAAGUCCUCACAAAAACUCAAGAAGAUUCUGGAAAUCAUCUUGGCUCUGGGAAACUACAUGAACAGCAGUAAAAGAGGAGCGGUGUACGGCUUCAAACUGCAGAGCUUAGACCUGUUAUUAGACACUAAAUCAACAGACCGCAAGAUCACUCUUCUGCACUAUAUCGCAAACAUAGUGAAGGAUAAAUACCAGCAGGUGUCGCUCUUCUAUAAUGAGAUGAACUAUGUGGAGAAAGCUGCAGCAGUCUCUCUGGAGAAUGUCUUGUUAGACGUGAAGGAGCUUCAGAGAGGCAUGGAUCUGACGAGGAGAGAGUACAGCAUGCACGGCCACAACACACUGCUCAGAGAUUUCAUACAGCAACAUGAGAAUAAACUCAAAAAACUUCAGGAUGAUGCCAAGAUCGCUCAGGAUGCCUUUGAUGAAGUGGUGAAAUUCUUUGGAGAGAACUCCAAAACAACACCCCCAUCCGUGUUUUUCCCAGUGUUUGUGCGCUUUGUGAAAGCAUACAGGCAAGCAGAGGAGGAUAAUGAACAGAGGAAAAGACAGGAGCAGAUGAUGAUGGAGAAGCUGAUUGAGCAAGAAGCUAUGAUGGCGCAAGAGGAUCAGAAGUCUCCCUCUCAUAAGAGUAAGCGUCAGCAGCAGGAGCUGAUUGUGGAGCUGAGGAAGAAGCAGGUGAAGGACAGCAGACAUGUGUAUGAGGGUAAAGACGGAGCCAUUGAGGACAUCAUCACAGAUCUGAGAAACCAGCCUUACAGGCGCGCUGACGCCGUCAGGAGGAGCAUUCGAAGACGUUUUGAUGAUCAGAAUUUGCGGCCAAUGAACAAUGCAGAGAUGGUCAUGUGACGAGGGCAGAGUGGAUGUGAUUGGAUGGGCUGGAGGAGCUAAUGAAGGACUGAUGAAGAUGACAGCAGGUCUGAAAGCCAAGUGCCUACAUUAAACAUCUGUCCCAUCAGGUGUUGAAUCAUACAUGUGUUUUAGUCAGUGUCUUCUGGCUGUGAAUUUUUAUAUGACAAACAAUGUCUUGAUCUGUCUUUUAUCUUAUGGUGCUUCAAGUGUAUGGCGAGAUCAGUGUUUUUCUUGAGGAAGUGUCUGAAAGUAAAACUAUUCCAACACUUGAUGUAUCAUGAACCUGUACAACCGUUGCAUUCAUACAUUCCAGUGCUUUCACCACAGAUCAAAACUGACCAGGCGUGGGGGUUUUUUUUCUUUUCCAAAUGUACUGGUCGGUCUUAAAGAAGUCCUGUAGUGUCUGUCAGAGCCUGUUUUUAUUGCGGCGUUCAGACAGAUAAAGCCCAACAGAAUGGAAUACAGGUUGAGAAGCAUUUGAAACGUUUAAAAACUUUUGUAAAAGUUGUAUAAAAUAUGUUAAUGGCUUGAGAUGCUGUAGGGUGCGACAGUGGACAACGAUAACAAUAAUAACAUUCCUGAUUUGAAGGUAUUUAAAUGUGCUGUUCCCAAGACCCACACCUGUGGUCUUGUCCACUUGAGGGCAUGUGUACACAACAGGAAGACUGUCCCAGGUCUGAAAAUGCCAAAGCACCACACUUAAGUUGUCAUCUGAACAGUCAUUUACAAGUUUGUUUUUAAAGUGCAAA